AUGGAGAAGAGAAACAAUGUGACGGAAUUUAUUUUCUUGGGAAUUUCACAGAACCAGGUGUUACAGAGAAUUGGGUUUGCCCUCUUUGUCUUCCUCUACACGGUAACAUUGUUGGGAAAUCUCCUCAUAAUGAUAACCAUCAACGUCAGCCCCCGCCUCACCUCCCCCAUGUACUUCUUCCUCGGCUACCUCUCCUUUGUCGACGUCUGCUAUUCCACCACCACCACCCCAAAGAUGAUGGCCGACCUACUUGCCGAGAGAAAAACCAUCUCCUUCGGCGGCUGUAUGACCCAGCUGUUCGCCGUGCACUUCUUCGGCUGCACGGAGAUCUUCCUUCUCACAGGGAUGGCCUACGACCGGUGCGUGGCCAUCUGUAGACCUUUGCGCUACCCGACCAUCAUGAGCCGGCGGGUGUGUCAAAUCAUGGUGACCACCCUCUGGGGUGCCGCGUUUCUGCACUCCAUCGUUCAGACCCUCCUCACAGUCCAGCUUCCCUUCUGCGGCCCCAACGUGCUCGAUCACUACUUCUGCGAUGUGCAUCCCUUGCUGAAACUUGCCUGCGCUGACACCUCUGUGGUGGGCCUGAUGGUGGUGGCCAACAGUGGGAUGAUCUCGCUGGUGGCCUUCUUCAUCCUGGUCAUCUCCUACGCCAUCAUCUUGUUUACCCUGAGGACCCAGUCACCUGAGGGGAGGAGGAAAGCGCUCUCGACCUGCGGGGCUCACAUCAUUGCGGUCUUCCUGUUCUUUGGCCCCUGUCUCUUCAUGUACAUUCGUCCCUCUCGCACGCUAGAGGCAGAUAAGAUGGUCACUUUAUUUAACACCGUUAUGCCCCCGAUGCUGAAUCCCCUCAUCUACACCCUGAGGAACGCCGAGGUGAAAAGCUCUAUGAGGAAACUGUGGAGGUGA